GAAAAGAGCCGUUGGGGGGCUCAGUAACGCGCGCGAGUGCGCGCUCGCGCAGCCAUCCAACCGUCAGUCCCUGGAACCCCGGGCGGCGCGCGCCCUCCCUCCCUCCUCUUCCCAGGGAAGAAGAUGGAACACUUGCGGCUGAGCCUUUUGGCCCCGCUGCAACUCGUGGCCCAAAGGGACGAAAGGAGCAGCAGCAGCAGCAGCGGAGGAGGAGGAGGAGAGCUGAGCAGGUUCCUGGCCAAGCAGAUCUGGAGUCCACAGGACCGUCAAUGUAUCCUCAGUGCCUUAGCACAAUUAUUACUCGAUAAAGAAUGUACGCGUCUGAUUGGUCGACAGUUCCGUCCAAUCUUGCUGGAUUUGUUGGAAAGAAAUGCAGAAAUAAUUAAAUCUAGUGGCCAGAUCAACCAUGACCUUCAUGAGAGACUCUGUGUGGCAAUGAGCAAGCUUAUUGAUGAUCACCCAGAUGUGAAGGCAUUUGCUUUGAGGUACUUUAAGGAUACUUCACCAGUGUUCCAAAGACUCUUUCUUGAGAGCUCAGAUACAAACGUGGUUCGCUAUGGGCGCCGAAGAAUGAAGUUAAGGGAUCUCAUGGAGGCAGCCUACAAAUUUCUCCAAAAAGAACAGUCUGUAUUCAGAGAAUUGUGGGACUGGAGUGUUUGUGUCCCCUUACUGAGGAGUCAUGAUACUCUAGUUCGAUGGUAUACUGCCAGUUGUCUCGCGCUGGUUACAUGCAUGAAUGAUGAGCAUAGAUUAUCCUUCCUGAAGAAGAUUUUCAAUCCAGAAGAAUUAAUACAUUUCAGACUUAAACUACUGGAAGAUUCACAGAUGCAGAAUGUCGAACGUGCCCUCGUCUUGGCCAAUCCUGACACAACCUUUUGGAAAAAAGAAGAGGAGCUGCGGUACACACAGGGGGAGCUUGUGUCUGCUGACCUUUCUGCAAACGUGGUAGCAGUAUGUGGAGUUGUGCUACCUAGACGACAAUGUACACCUGGAGAAAAUCAGGAAAACAUCUUGGACACAUUUGUCUUGGUAAAAUCUACCUGCACAAAUCUUCAAAAUCUUGCUAUGGCUGUAUCCUCACAAAAUGCAGUGUUACUCGAAGGACCAGUAGGAUGUGGCAAAACAUCUCUAGUCGAGUACUUGGCAGCAGUUACCGGAAGGACAAAGCCACCUCAUAUUCUCAAAAUUCAACUGGGAGAUCAAACUGACAGUAAGACGUUACUGGGCAUGUAUCGUUGUACAGAUGUACCAGGGGAGUUUGUGUGGCAACCAGGGACUUUGACCCAAGCAGUCAGCAAAGGUCAUUGGAUACUCCUGGAGGAUAUUGAUUAUGCUCCUCUUGAUGUGAUAUCUGUGUUAAUUCCUCUUUUGGAAAAUGGUGAAUUAUUGAUUCCUGGACAAAGUGAUUGUGUACAAAUGGCUCCUGGAUUCCAUCUUUUUGCAACAAGAAGAGUCUUCAGUUACGGCGGUGGUUGGUACAUACAGCAAAAUAGUCAUGCAGCUCUUCUGGAUAAAUAUUGGACAAAAAUUCAACUGGAUAACAUGCCUAAAGUUGAACUCAAAGAGAUUCUACAGAGGAAUUAUCCUAAACUUGCUGCAGUAUUGGACUGUUUAUUAGACAUAUACAUUGAACUUACUAGUGAUAAACAUUUGUUGGAAAGCCACGUUGCAGGAAAUGAUGCCAUAAUGGAAGACAUACCACAAUUUACCAAAUACAAAAAGCCAAGCUUAGAGGGCAGAGAACUAUCCCUGAGGGAUUUGCUGAAUUGGUGCAGUAGGAUUUCCUUCAAUUUUGACAGUGCUCCCUCUACUGCGCUGAAUAUUUUUCAUGAGGCGUUAGACUGUUUCACAGCUAUGCUGUCCAAACAGGAGAGUAGAGUGAAGAUGGCAGAAGUCAUUGGAAGCAAGUUGAACAUUUCCAGACAUAAGGCUGAAUACUACUGUCAGCUUUAUAAACCAGAAAUUGUAAUUAGAGAGCAAGAGGUCUGUGUGGGAAGAGUCCAGCUCUUGCGGAAGCAGACACAUGCUUUACUUGUACCGAGGAAAAAGUUGACCUUUGCACCAACACGUCCAUCUUCAGUAUUAAUUGAGCAGCUUGCUGUGUGCAUUGACAAAGGAGAACCUGUAUUAUUGGUGGGUGAAACAGGGACCGGUAAAACAUCUACUGUUCAAUACCUGGCCCAUAUUACAGGACACCAUUUGAGGGUAAUCAACAUGAACCAGCAGAGUGAUACUGCAGAUCUUUUAGGAGGCUAUAAGCCAGUGGAUAAUAAACUGAUUUGGUUGCCUUUACGAGAAUUUUUUGAGGAGCUAUUUGCACAAACAUUUUCCAGAAAGCAAAACCAGACUUUCUUAGGCCACAUCCAGACAUGCUAUAGGCAGAAGCGCUGGCAUGAUCUUCUCAAACUGAUGCAACAUGUUCACAAAUCUGCUGUGAACAAAGAAACUAAAGAAAAUGCCUCUGGCUUCCUGUUGAAGGAAAAGUGGGAAGAACUUGGUAUCCGGCUGAAUCAUGCCCAACAACAGAUGAAGAUGACAGAAAACGCUUUGGUCUUUGCCUUUGUAGAGGGCACCCUGGCACAAGCAGUGAAGAAAGGAGAGUGGAUUCUGCUAGAUGAGAUUAACUUGGCGGCAGCAGAAACUUUAGAAUGUCUAAGUGGUUUACUUGAAGGAUUGUCUGGUUCACUAGUAUUGUUAGACAGGGGAGACACAGAACCAUUGGUACGGCAUCCCAAUUUUCGUUUGUUUGCCUGUAUGAAUCCAGCUACUGAUGUUGGAAAAAGAAAUCUGCCUCCUGGAAUACGAAACAGGUUUACUGAACUUUACAUAGAAGAACUACAAAAUGAAGGAGACUUGCAGAUACUUAUCACAGAUUACCUGAAGGGGCUGAAUGUGAGCAAAAACAUAAUCAAUGGGAUCAUAAGUUUCUAUUUAUCCGUGAGAAAGGAGUGUGAAACAAAGCUCGUGGAUGGAAUAGGCCACAGGCCUCAUUAUAGCCUUCGUACUCUGUGCAGAGCUUUAAGAUUUGCAUCAUCCAAUCCAUGCAACAACAUACAGCGCUCACUUUAUGAGGGCUUUUGCUUGGGCUUUCUUACACAACUUGACAGAAUUUCUUACCCAAUUGUUCAAAAAUUGAUAUGUCAGCAUAUUCUCUCUGGGAACAUGAAAAAUCUUCUCAAGCAGCCCUUGCCAGAACCAAAAGGAGGGAGAAUGAUUAAAGUAGAGGGAUACUGGAUUUCUGUUGGUGAUAUAGAACCCACUGUGGAUGAAAGCUAUGUACUCACACCUUCAGUUAAACUUAAUCUCAGAGAUAUCGUCAGAGUUGUAUCGGCUGGGACUUAUCCAGUACUGAUUCAGGGAGCUACUUCCAUUGGUAAAACCAGUUUAAUUCGCUGGUUGGCAGCAGCAAGUGGGAAUCACUGUGUUCGAAUUAACAAUCACGAACAUACUGACAUCCAAGAGUAUAUAGGAUGUUAUACAUCAGAUUUAUCUGGGAAGCUGAUAUUUAAGGAAGGCAUUCUCAUUGAUGCAAUGAGGAGGGGCUACUGGAUAAUCCUAGAUGAACUGAAUCUGGCACCCACUGAUGUUUUGGAGGCCCUGAACAGAUUGUUAGAUGACAACAGAGAGCUGUUCAUAACAGAGACCCAAGAAACAGUCAAAGCUCAUCAAAGAUUCAUGUUGUUUGCUACACAGAACCCUCCAGGACUGUAUGGAGGCAGAAAGGUAUUGUCAAGAGCCUUCAGGAACAGAUUCGUGGAGCUACAUUUUGAUGAGCUACCAAGUGCGGAAUUAGAAACCAUUUUGCACAAAGGAUGCGACCUUCCACCUUCUUACUGUAGCAAACUUGUCAAAGUCAUGUUAGAGCUGCAGUCUUAUCGCAGAGGUUCAUCAGUGUUUGCUGGCAAGCAUGGCUUCAUUACUCUCCGUGAUCUCUUUCGUUGGGGUGAAAGGUACAGAUUAGCAGAGCAGGCAGAGAAGGACUGUGACUGGCUCCAGCAUUUAGCAAAUGAUGGGUUUAUGCUUCUGGCAGGAAGAGUCAGGAAACAAGAAGAAGUGGACGUUAUUCAAAUGGUUAUUGAAAAACACUUUAAGAGGAAAUUACAUCCCCAGCAUCUUUUCUCAGAAGAAAGUGUCAAGAAGCAAUUGGCUAAAGCACCUACAUGGAUGUCUGUAAUGAAAGACAAGUUUAGCCACGUUGUAUGGACUCAAGGGAUGAGGAGGCUUGCAGUUUUGGCAGGCCGAGCCUUAGAGUUUGGUGAACCUGUACUUCUGGUUGGAGACACAGGGUGUGGCAAAACUACAAUUUGCCAGAUAUUUGCUGCUUUGGCAAAUCAGAAACUGUAUUCUGUGAACUGCCACUUGCACAUGGAGACCUCUGACUUCCUGGGAGGACUGCGGCCAGUCAGGCAGAGCUCAGUGGACAAGGAAGAGCUUGACAGUUCUAGGCUGUUUCAAUGGCAUGAUGGAGCCCUUGUUUUAGCCAUGAGAGAGGAUGGCUUUUUUCUCAUGGAUGAGGUUUCAUUAGCAGAUGAUUCUGUUCUGGAAAGACUUAACAGUGUUCUUGAAACAGAAAAGACACUGGUGCUAGCAGAAAAAGGUAGUGAGGACAAUGAAGUUGAAUUGCUAACUGCUGGAAAUAAGUUUCGUAUUUUAGCCACAAUGAAUCCCGGUGGUGACUUUGGAAAGAAAGAGCUGUCACCUGCGCUGCGUAAUAGAUUCACAGAAAUAUGGUGUCCACAGAGUAACAGCCGCGAGGAUUUAAUACAUAUUGUAAAGCAUAACCUUGAUCCUGGGCUGUCCCUGGCCAGAACAAAUGACAAAGGGGUAGAUGUAGCAGAACUCAUGAUGGAUUUCAUAGAGUGGCUGACUAAUCAGGAAUUUGGACGUCAGCGUAUUCUCAGUAUCCGAGACAUUUUGUCAUGGGUGAACUUCAUGAAUGCUAUGGCACAAGACAGACUAUCCAAUGCUUCUGAUGAACACCAGCUUCUUAAUAUCUCUCCAGUGACUGCCUUUGUCCAUGCUGCAUGUCUGGUAUAUAUAGAUGGAAUAGGCUCAGGCACAAUGUCCUGUUUCACUGGCUCAGCUGCUUUGGCUCGUGAAAAAUGUCUGGAGUAUUUGUGUGCAAAACUCUCCCAAAUUGUGCACCUUACUGAAGACCAGAGGAAUGAACUGAAAAUUUACGAUCUGGAGAAGGAAAUGGUUUGGACAGAGAACUACAUAGGAAUCCAUCCAUUUUAUAUUCCUAGAGGCCCUCUUUACCAGAAGAACAAUGUCUCGGACUAUGCUCUAAAUGCAGGAACUACAGCCAUGAAUGCACAACGGUUGUUACGGGCCUUGCAGCUCAAUAAGCCCAUUCUUCUGGAAGGCUCUCCAGGUGUUGGGAAGACUAGUUUAGUUGCAGCCUUGGCAAAAGCUUCAGGAAAUUGCCUUGUUCGAAUCAAUCUGUCUGAACAAACGGAUGUCACAGAUUUAUUUGGCACAGACCUGCCUGUCGAGGGAGGCAAAGGAGGGGAAUUCACCUGGCGUGAUGGUCCCUUGCUUGCAGCGUUGAAAGAUGGACACUGGAUUGUAUUAGAUGAACUGAAUUUGGCUUCACAGUCAGUGCUGGAAGGCCUGAAUGCCUGUCUUGACCAUCGAGCAGAGAUCUACAUCCCUGAGCUGGGCAUGACAUUCCAUGUGCAGCACAAGAUGACAAAGAUCUUUGGAUGCCAGAAUCCCUACAGGCAAGGAGGCGGCAGAAAGGGACUGCCCAAGUCCUUUUUGAACAGAUUCACACAGGUUUAUGUGGAUCCACUGUCAGCAGCUGAUAUGAAGUACAUUGGGAAUACGCUGUUUCCUGCCAUUGGUAAAGAAAAUAUUGCGAAGAUGGUUGAAUUCAACAACAAGAUUGAUCAAGAGAUCAUGGUUGAGAAAAAAUGGGGUCAGAAAGGUGGACCUUGGGAGUUUAAUCUGCGUGAUCUUUUCCGGUGGUGCCAGUUGAUGCUUGUUGACCAGUCACCUGGCAGUUAUGACCCAGGCCAACAUAUGUUUUUGAUAUAUGGGGAAAGAAUGCGAACAAAAGCAGACAAAGAAAAGGUAGUAUCUGUGUUCAAAGACAUUUUCGGCCAGAAUGCUAAUCCAUACAUAGGAACCAGACAAUUCCACAUCACUCCCUACAAUGUUCAGGUUGGUUUCUCAGUCCUCUCUCGUGCCAACUAUGUUCCUCCACCUGGCAGGAAAUUGUCACUUCUCCACCAUUCCCUCCAGCCCUUAGAGUCCAUCAUGAAGUGUGUACACAUGAGCUGGAUGGUCAUAUUGGUGGGCCCUGCGGCUGCUGGAAAAACUAGUCUAGUUCAAUUAUUGGCGUAUCUCACUGGUCAUCAAUUAAAGAUUAUGGCAAUGAACAGUUCCAUGGAUACAACAGAGUUGUUAGGUGGAUUUGAGCAAGUUGACAUCAUUAGGCCUUGGAAGAGCUUGCUGGAGAAGGUGGAGAAUGUUGUGAGCACCCUUCUAAGAGACAGCCUUCUCCUCACUGCUAUCUGUCCAGAGGAUGCUGAGGUUGUGCUCCGUGCCUGGAGUAGUUUUGUUCUUAAUUUCAAACCCAAGUCUCUGGGAGAAGGAAAUCAAACCAUAACCAUGGAACUAGUGAAUAAACUGGAAGGAGUCCUUGUACUGGUCCAGCGGCUGAAUACAAAGAUCAGCUCCUACUCAAAGCCAGAAUUUUCAAGACUGGUGGAAGAGUUUCGACACUUCAAACUGCAGGUUCAAGUUAUGAGUAGCAACAAUCAUGGCACCUUUGAGUGGGUCGAUGGAAUGUUGGUUCAGGCUUUGCAGUCCGGAGACUGGCUUCUGAUGGACAAUGUUAACUUCUGCAGCCCUUCAGUUCUGGACCGCUUGAAUGCUCUGCUUGAACCUGGAGGAGUCCUUACCAUGAGUGAAAGAGGGGUGAUAGAUGGUGUAACCCCCACUAUUACUCCCCAUCCAAAUUUCAGGCUUUUCCUAUCUAUGGAUCCUUCACAUGGGGAAAUAUCCCGAGCCAUGCGGAAUCGUGGAAUUGAGGUAUACAUUCCUGGUGAUGCUAAUGAGAAUUCACUGGAUCCUCAUGACAUGAAGUUGAUAUUGCAUGGACUGGGAUUGUUAGGAAACAGCGUAUGUGAGGUGCUAAUUGCCCUGCAUACAGAAGCUAAAGAAAGCAUAGCAGGUUCCACAUACACACUGUCAUCUUUGAUUCACGCUGCAACACUAAUAGUGCAACAGUUGCAUCGAGGACUUGGCUUGUCAAAGAGUUUCUAUAAAGCAUGUUGGGAGGUCUAUGUCUGUAUGCAGCAUUUACAGAACAAUAAGAAGCUUGUGUUGGACUUGCUAAUGAAACAUGUUUCAGCUUUGGAUUCAGAAGAAACAAAGGGUGCUUCCCUCCUUGCCUUGGGGUUGUGGCCAGAUUCUGCAUCCAGUGCUUUGUUUGCAGCUGAAGAUUCUCUCCUUUCUACAGUUCAUAAUGAUGGGCAGGUCCUUGCAUAUUGCCUGAGCAGGCUGAAUGUUAAAAACAACAGGGCACUUCCUCUUACUAUAUGUGACUUCAACAAAAUUUUGCAGUCACCUAAGCCAGAUUGUCUAAAAUUCAACGCCGUUGAGAUCAAUGCUUCUUGGGUAGAUGACUUGGAGGUCCUUUCUGCUGCAGUGAAGUUAUUCAUAGAGAAGGCAACUAAUCAAGAUUGGACAUUGAGAGUUGGGUGGCUUAAUCAGCUAAAAAAGAACUUACCUCAAGUGCCUGAUUCAGUUUAUACUGUGCUGGAAGCUGGUGCUGCAUCACUGAGUAAUUUCUACUUCAGCCCCCUUUCAGGUGGAAUCAGUAAUGUAAUAAAGAUGCUUCAACCAAAUAUGACAGAUGAGCAUGUGAUUCCUAUGGAUCCCAGGUGGAACAUGCAGUGCUUGGAUAUGAUUAGCAGUUCAGUGGAUUUUGAUGCAGAAGUGGAACACUCGGACCAGCUGCUUAUUCUUCUGAAGUCACUUUCAAAUCGGGCAAUCCUAUUUCUAGACCGGGAGCAAAAGAGCUAUUUUGAAAGGAGCUUGAUUAACACCAAAAAGCCAAGACCUAGCGCUCUGAGGGUAUCUCUAGAGUUCCAUAAAGAUCCUGGAAAUCACGCCUCACUUCCACAUGCUAUUGUGGCCAGCCUUGCUUCCUUUUUUGAACUUUGGGAUGCCUUCAUGUUGCAGUGGUUGAAGUGUACUCAAGCUGCUGUGUCUGAUGAAAAAUUGUAUGAGAUACUGCACUGCUUAUUGUGGCGUGACAGGUUUUGGACAAUAUCUGACAUGGUGGCAGUGGAUUCAUCUGGCUUGACACUCCUGUCUCUUCAUUGGCAUUGGGUUGUGAAACAUUUAAUCAGCAGUAUAGCUCAGUUGUUCAGUGGAUACGAGCAGCAAAAGCUGUCCAAGGAUAUUCAGUCUGUGUUCCAGCAAAUUCAGUCUUGCCUAGCAGGGUCUGCUGAUGCACAUGUCUGCAUUAAAAAGCUGCAAAGGUCUUUGGGAAAACCUCUUCCCUUCAAGAAUAAGGAGGUAAUGGAACCUGCUGGCCAGCUGAGGAGGCUUUCUAAAGCACUUAAUGUCCUGGAGUUGAGAUCUGUUUUUGUAGGUGAUCAAUGGCAGAAGGAGAUCUGUAUUUUGAAAAUGGUUGCCACAGAGUGGAAGCUGAAGGCUUUGUUACUUCAAGCUCAAGGGCUAGUCCUCAGAGCCAAUCACCUGAAGGACAUUUGUUCAGGUGAAUUGCAGGCUUUGGUGAAUCACCAGCAUUCAAAACUAAAGGAAGGAGGACUCUUCAUUGAGGCUUUCGAAGAAAAGCCUGCUGAGGGCAAGGAGAUGGAUUCUACAUUAACUCAGCUCUGUAAUCGGGUGCAGCUCUGGCCUGCCAUGGAGUAUCUAGCUGUUUUGUGGCAGUACAAGCUGACUUCUAAAUGUAUUGAUCAGAUGUACUUACAAAGGAAAGACAACAAUCAGCAAUUAAGCAUAUAUUCAGAAAUAAAGCAGUUUCUUACUUUUUGCCUUAAGUUGACACCAGCUACCUCUCAACAGCUUCAUGGACUUUAUUACCUGUUGGAUCUGUGUAAGGUCUCUGCAAAUGAAAUUUCUCUCUUGUGGUCAGAACUGGUGAGAGCUGCUUUAGUAGCAUUCUGGAAUAGUACUGUAACUAUGGACCCAGAGCAUUGGCUGUCUUGGCAGCCACUACUGAAGGAGGAGGAUGACAAGAUGCCAAACUCCUUCAUGGACAGUUCUGUUAAGGGUGUGGGUAUUUUGAGUCGAGCAGUUUUCUCCAAGUGCCUCUCUGAAAUUAUAACUAGCAGCAAGUGGAUCCAGUGGGAUGUGACAGGCCUUCCUGUUCUGUCAGCCUCCAAUGUGACACUGGGAGAGUGGCUGGAGAGAGCACAGCAGCUGCAAGAAGUGAGCACAGUUCUCUGGACAAACCUAGCCUUUUCCUCUCUGGCUGAGUACAGGUUAACAGAUUCCAAGUUCCAACAUGUGAUGUUACAUAGACUACUUGUAGCUCUUAAAGACCUGAUUCCAACAGAACUGCAAGAAGAAUAUUUCCAAAACUGUGAUAAGUUUUCCUCCAAGGACCCAGUGGCUUUUCAGUACAUUUGCAAAUUACUCAGGGAUGCUGCUACCCGGGACAUCUUGCCUGAACAGCUUCUCUGUCUUUGGAUGACUUGUUUGCAGCAGUUCUUUGAGAAGGAAGGGGGAGCUCAGAACUUGUCUGAAACAGCUCGACGAGGCAGUUUUUGGGUAAACCUAGGCCUUCUGCAAAUACACGUGUGGCUUCCACAAACUCAAUUUGAUCCUGCAGCAAAAAGAGAAUUCAAACUUAAGUACGCAGAUGAAGAGUUACACCAUCUAGAAUGUGAAUGGAAGACUCUCAAUCUGUCAGCUGAGUUGCACACAGGGAAAGAUCUUGAAGAUGAAACCAUCAGCAACCACAGUCACCCUCACAUUAGGUUGUUAUGCCAAAGAAUCCAGAAGUUAAAGGAUCAAAUCAUCAACCUUCGUCAAAAGCAAGCCUUCAGACCCCAGGUUCCUUCAUAUGAGUUUUUGUAUCAAGAAGUUCAUCAGUAUGCCAGCAGCAUUGCUCAGAUUUCAAAAGUCCAGGAUCUCAUGACUCGCCUUUUGCAAUUUCUCUACAUGGAUAAGCCUCCGUCUCUCCUAAUGGUGCAAAAUGUGCUGAAUGAGGAAGUAGCUUGGCAGCAGUCACACCAUCAAUUCAGGAAACGUUUGGCAGAGGACUAUGCUGCUUUCCCUGAUGUGGUUAUUCCUCUGCAAGCUGCCAUUUUGCAGAUGCAGCAUGGUGCUAGACUUGUGGCAUCUGAAGUUCACAGGAUGACAUUCAGCAGUUUGGUCAAUCCAGCUAAGCUCAGCACCCUUGCUGCUUCACUGCUGUCAUUCCCUUCCAUUGGGAAUACCUUUCCUACUUACCUUUCCCAGGCAGAUGCUUUGUGCUCUCUGAACUCUCUGGAUGUCCUUCAAGGCCUUAAGUCAUUAUCCCUGAAAUACUCCACAGAUGUAUCUGACAAAGAGCAGAGGAUGUGCCUUACCCAGGAACAGCUGCUAGUGAACGCUUUAUUGUGCCUCCGCUGUCAUGUGCUGUGCAAGGGAGAACUAGACCGUAAAUCUCUGCAGCUUUUAAGACAUUUAUGUCAGGUAAUUGUAAAUGAAUGGGAUGAACAAGAGCAUCGGGCCCAGGAAGAGGAGGAAAAAAAGAACAGUCUUUAUAGGUACAGGAAUAAGAAUCAUGGAAGUGGGCUUACUGAAGAGGAGGAAGAAGAGAAAGAGUUCAGGAAAACAUUCCCUCUUCAUGAGAAGGAUUUUGAAGAUAUUACACCUGAGGCAAGCCUUGAUGGGAAAAUGGAAAUGGAAGAUGGUUUUAAAAAUGAAGAAGCCAUUGAAAAGCCUCUCCUUUCUCAUAACUCAGUGAAAACAGUAAUGACAAUUCAUCAACAACUUUGCCUUCACUUUGCACGAUCUUUGUGGUACCAUCGAAACCUGCCCUCCCAUCAGACAAAGCAUUAUUUGAGUGCAUUUCUUUCCUGUUACCAGACUGGUGUGUCACUGUUGGCUCACUACUAUCCUUUGAUCGGUUCUGAAAUGAAUGAUAAUUUUCAUGGCAGCCAACUUCUAGCUAGCACAAUAUUGCAGAAUACACUCUUUGAAGAAGGUGCUUCAGAGUUGGCCAUACAAAAUGAAGGGCCAUAUGACUUCUAUCAACAUCCUAAUAUCCUGCAAGUACGACAGUGCCAGCAUGUGCUUGAAAACUUCACAAAAAAAGUAAAAGCACUAUUAAAAGAAUGGCCUGAACAUCCUGCUCUUGUCCAGGUCUUGGUUGUGAUGGACAGAAUUCGUAGUUUUCCACUCUCCAGCCCCCUCUCAAAGUUCCUGAAUGGCUUGGAAAUCUUGUUAGCUAAGUCUCAGGAUUGGGAGGAGAAUGCUAGUCAUGCAGUGUCUCUGAGGAAACAUCUUGAUUUGAUCAUUCAGCUGAUUUUCCAGUGGCGUAAAGUAGAACUGAAUUGUUGGUCUGCUAGCCUGGACAACACAAUGAAACGUCACACAGAAAAAUCAUUGAAACAUUGGUUUUCAAUCUACCAGAUGAUUGAGCAAUAUAGACAGGAACAAACCGAGAAGAAAAGUGAAGACAUGAAUUUAGGAGCAGUGGUCAAAACACUGCAGGCUUUCAUAGAAGGAGCCACACUGGGGGAAUUUCACAUACGGCUCCAGAUGCUUUUGGAAUUCCACUGUCACGUCUUGUUGAUGCCACAGAUGGAAGGAAAGAAUACACUAUGCAAUGUAUUGUGGAAUCUAUACAACUACUAUAAUCAGUUUUCAGAAUGUGUUCAUGCUAGGCUGGCUGAAAUUCGGCGCCCUAUAGAAAAAGAAUUGAAGGAGUUUGUGAAGAUCUGUAAGUGGAACGAUGUCAGUUUUUGGGCAGUAAAACAGUCUGUGGAGAAGACACACAGGACACUUUUUAAAUUCAUGAAGAAGUUUGAAGCUGUUCUCAGUGAGCCUUGUCGAUCAGCCUUGGUGGAAACAACCAAAGAAGAACAGCUUGUUUCCUUGCAGAAACAAGAGAUAACAGACAACCAGAAAACUAAAAUCCAGUGUCUAAACAACAUAUUAAGAAAAAACAUGAUGGCUAGAACAGACACCAUUCAGGCUGUCCUUUUGGAGGAAUUUGAAGGAGAGGUGUUUCAGCCAGAAUCCCUUCAAGGCCGCUUACCUAAGCUCUCAAAGCGAAUGAAGAAAAUAUGCAAAAGGCUAGUGAAGAACAAUUCAUUUUUGGAUCUGGUGGAGCAACUUGACAAUUUCACUGGUGACAUAAUUUCCUCUGCCCAUGAACUGCAGAAUAUGUCUGUAAAUCCAGCUGCAGAAAAGGAAAAACAGAUGUCUGAGGCCAAACAUUUCCUUGUUCAGAAACAAAGGGCCCUGACAGAGCUCUUUAAAAACCUUGCAACUACAGGAUUGUCAUAUCGCAAAGGCCUUGCUUGGUCUCGUUCUAAAACUUCCCAAGAUCUGCUUUUCCUUCAUCCACUGGAUUUGCGCAGUGCAUUAUCAUUGGUUACCGGCACACAGAAAUUGGAUACAGCGUUACUAUCUGAGAUAUCUUCAUCCUGGGAUGAAUGCCAGAAAUAUUUCUAUCAGUCUCUUGCACGCCACUGUAGGCUUCAGACAGCAUUAUUAGCACCUUCAAAGGAAAUUGGACUGGGCACUAUUGAGAGAUGUAAAGGAUUUACAGCACACCUCAUGAAGAUACUUGUGAAGCAGAGGACCUCCCUUACUGCUUUGACAGAGCAGUGGAUUUUCUUGAGGAAUCUUCUGAGCUGUGUGGAGGAGAUUCAUGCCAAGUUGAACAUUACUAAUGAAUAUGAAGUAGCUUUUCCUCCUCAAGAUGGCAUUCAGCAGUGGACUGACCAGUUGCAGUACCUUUCUAUGCAGUGUGUGAUGAUCCUGGAGCAACUUUCCUGGUUUAUACAGUGCUGUCCUAAAGGCCAACCCUUGAAUGCUCCCGGGGAAGAACUGCAAUCUGAAGAAACUGAACUGAAUUCAUCCAGUGUUUUAAAGUUGCUACCUGAACUUAAUGCCUCAGGGCUACAGUAUCUCACUCCAGUGGCAACAGAUCAGCUGCCUGUUGGAUGCAAGAUGCAAAAAUGUGAUCCACUGUAUCAACAGCUGUCUUCACAAGUGAAAGACAUGCUGGUUGAGGUUAAGGCAGUAAAAUCAGAUGUGGACAUGAUAAGACAGCUUUCUUGUGAGACUCUCUUCCAUUCCUGGAAAAGCUUUGAGGUGUGUUCUUCAGGGGUGGACUGUUUGUUGAAGGUUUCAACCCAACUACAAAACAUUGAGUCCUUGUUUGUUCUGCCUGAAGCCAGUCAAACUAUGUCACAAAUGGCAGUCAUCAGAAGUCUCAUAUACAUUCAAGGAGAAAUUAAUAAAACUGUAGAUGACUUUGCUAUCUGGAGGACACAACUGUUCAGUUCAAUUUCACACUGUGAUGGGGACAAAAAAAUAGAUGAUGGCUUUGUAGAACUCUUCUCAGAACAAAUAGAACGUGCAAUCCAAGCUGUCCUGAGUGCUAUACAAUGUUUGGUGGAGAGGAGAAAAGAAAAAGAUGAGGGCAGCCCCCUGAAUGAUGAUGGGGAAGAGACCUCAGUUAACAGUCUCAAAGUAGGGCAUUUAACUAAGCUCUUGGAUGAAGACAUCUGUGCAGAUGUGAAUUCUUUGCAUAUACAGAAAAUAAUUUCAGUCAUCUCAGAACUCCUGGAGCAACUGAAAUCAUAUGGCGAGGAUCACACUGCAUACAAGUGUAAGCUCUUCAAUCAAUCCUGCCACUUACUGGUGCGUCUAAUGCCGAUACUUUACAAGUAUUCCAGCAUCAUCCUCUUUUACCUUACUGUUUCUUUCACCACACAUAGGAGCACUGGGAAAUUGCUUUCUGUUCUAGCUAACAUAUUUACUGAACUGGCCCAGAAGGGGUUCUGUUUACCAAAAGAACUUACAGAGGAUGCUGCAGGAGAGGGAGGAACAGAGUUCCAUGAUUAUGAAGGAGGAGGCCUUGGAGAAGGGGAAGGCAAAAAGGAUGUGAGUGACAAGAUAGAACAUGAAGAUCAGGUGGAAGAUACUUACCAGAAGGGUCAAGAAAAACAAAAUGAAGACCCAGAAUCUAACUCAGAUAUUGAAGGAGAAGACAAUGCAGUUGAAAUGUCAGAGGAUUUUGAAGGAAAAACAUAUGAUGGUGAGAAAGAAAGUCAAGAAGAUGAUGAAAAAUCUGAUGACGAUGAAGAUUUAGAUAAACAAAUGGGAAAUCUUGGAGAUGCUGAAGCUGACAAAUUGGAUGAGAGGCUUUGGGGAGAUGAUGAUGAUGAUGACGACGACGAUGAUAAUGAUGAAAGUGAUCAUGAGGAAAAUGUAACAGAAACUGGACCAGGAAUGGAUGAGGGUGAUUCAGAACUUGUGGCCAAAGAUGACAACGUGGAUGUUGAUAAUAAAAAGGAUAAAAAACCACCCAAAGAUGAGGAAAAAGAGAACCAAGCAGAUGGUGGAGAAACCAGAGAGAAGAUCCAUGAACAAAUAGAUGAGCGUGAAUAUGAUGAGAAUGAGGUAGAUCCCUAUCAUGGAAAAGAUGAGAAACAGCCUGAACCUGAAGCCCUAGAUCUUCCUCCUGACCUGAACCUAGAAAAUGGAGAAAAGGAUGAUGAGGACAAUGAAGAAGAAGGAGAAAAUCCUUUUGAGAUUGAUGAGAAGACGUUGAAUGUAGAUGAAAAAGAGAUGAAGGAGAAGGAUUCUGAAGAUAUGGGUGAAGAUGGUCAGGAUCCUGAGCAACUUGAAAAGGAGUCCUCUGAAGAUAAAGGUGAAGGAGAAGAUAAAAUGGAAGAAGAAACAACAGACGAAGGAAACACAGAGAAUCCUGAGGAAAAUGCAGGUGAUGAAGAAAAAGAAGAAUCCUCAACAGAAGACCAAAAAGAAUCCCCUGAAGCAGACAGUGGAAAGGGCAUCCCAGAUUCCAAUCAAGGCCUUAAUCCUCAGGAAAAUGAGGAUGUCAGUAAUCCUGACCAAGAUGAGCAUUUAACUGAUGCUGUUGAGAGAAUGGAACAUGAAACAUAUGGACAAGCAGGAGAAGAGAACCUGCAGAGUGACACUGCUGUAGAACUGGUUGGAACUACUUCUGAGAAGGAUCAGGCGAAAGAGGAGCAUGGAACUGGAACUGCUGAUGCAAAUCAGUCAGAAGGACAUGAAUCUGAAUUAAUGGCACGGCUAGCUUCUGAGAAACAAAGCAGAAAACAUACACAGAGUUUCAAGAGAAAACCCGGACAAGCUGACAAUGAGCGCUCAACAGGUGAUCACAGUCAACAUGUUCACAAGCGACUGCGAACUGUAGAGUCCAGCAAUGAAACAGAGCAGACUUCAGAACAGCCAGAACAAAAUAUGGGAGAAGCUGAUGCUUUUGAGCACAUUAAACAAGGCAGUGAAUCCUAUGAUGCGCAGACCUAUGAUGUUGCUAGUAAAGAGCAACAAGAAACUAUCAUGCCUGUUAAUGAAGAUAAUGAAGAACCAGUAUCUGAAGAUAUAGCUAUGGAAACAGAAGCUCAAAAUAUUGAGGAUCUUAAAGCUGCAGACACAGAGAAGCUGAAUCCAGAAAUGAAAAUGUCUUCCAAAUCAAAAUCAGAGGAAUUGGAAUUGGAUGGCCAAGCUUUCAAUAUGGAAGAGGAGGAAGGACAUGGAAAAGAGAAAUCGCCACCAGAAAUAAAGCCAGAGAGAAAUAAAUACUCCACUAUACAUACUGCUCAUCAGUUCUUGAAAGAUACUGCAUUCCAGAACAUUGUUAAGAAUCCUGAAGAGCUGAGACAGGAACUAGAGAAGCAGCUGGAAGCCUGGCAAACAGGGAACAUUGCUGAGGAAAAGGCAGCAGCAGAGAUGUGGCAACGGUAUCAUUUGCUAACUGCACCUCUUUCACAACAACUCUGUGAACAGCUCCGGCUCAUACUGGAGCCAACUCAAGCAGCCAAGCUGAAAGGUGACUAUAGAACAGGAAAAAGACUAAACAUGCGCAAAGUAAUUCCCUAUAUUGCCAGUCAAUUCCGAAAGGAUAAGAUAUGGUUACGAAGAACCAAGCCUAGCAAACGACAGUACCAGAUUUGUUUGGCCCUUGAUGACUCAGCCAGUAUGAUAGACAACCAUUCUAAACAGCUUGCAUAUGAAUCCCUGGCAGUGAUUGGAAAUGCUUUGACUCUUCUAGAGGUGGGGCAGAUUGCUGUAUGCAGUUUUGGUGAAACAGUUCAACUACUGCAUCCAUUCCAUGAACAAUUUAGUGACCAAUCAGGAACUCGGAUACUACAGCUCUGCAAAUUUGAACAAAAGAAAACUAAGAUAGCUCAGUUCUUAGAAUCUUCAAUAGAUAUGUUUGCUUCAGCCCAGCAGUUGUCUCAAAAUAUUAAUCCAGAAACGGCUCAGUUGCUCCUAAUAGUAUCAGAUGGAAGAGGUCUUUUCCUUGAGGGCAAGGAACGUGUGACAGCAGCUGUUCAGUCUGUUCAAAAUGCAAACAUCUUCAUCAUUUUUGUAGUGCUGGACAACCCUAAUUCAAGGGACUCGAUCUUGGACAUUAAAGUACCUGUGUUCAAAUGCCAUGGGGAAUUGCCAGAAAUAAGGUCGUACAUGGAAGAAUUUCCCUUUCCUUUCUACGUAAUUCUCAGAGAUGUGAAUGCCCUCCCAGAGACUCUCAGUGAUGCCUUAAGGCAGUGGUUUGAGUUGGUGACUGCAUCAGACAGCCUGUAGUUUGCCAGUGCAAGUGAAUAUCCGGUUGCCAGUUCAUCAGCGAAUUUGAGAUGCUGUACAAAAGGACCACACACUUCAAAUGUGCAUUCUCCCUUCUCAGCGCAGGAGACUGCAAUCCCAGAUGAUUUGCAGUGGUGUUCAUUUAUUUCCUUGCCUAUGUCUGGAAACAGUGGGAAACCCACCUUCUCCCUUUAAUUGUUCUUUGAAUAAUUUAUUCUAAAAUUAAUUUGGUAUUUCUCUAUCAUUAAGAAAUAGACAUUUCCUAAAACUCUGUUCCUAUCGUAGUAAGAUGCUAGUUUCCCUUUUGAGAGAAGAAAUCGCAACUAGAAAUGUUUAACCAUAAUAAGAUAUACUUGUCUGUCUUAGGUCACAUGUAUGAGUGGACCCUGUGUUUGCGGUGGGGGGGUGCGGGUUGAAUUCAACACAACCAAAAAGAAACCUACUUGAAUACUUGAAACUGUUCAUGUUGCUGAAUAGUUACUGGUUGUCUGAUAAUGCUAGAAGGGUAUUUUUAUGACAGGAAAGACUCUGCAUUAUCAUUUUACACUGUGAAAUUUGCCCUCUGUCCAAGGCAAAUAUCAAGAUACAUUUUGAUAUCCUUAAAGCAUGCACAGGACUCUUUCUCCCUUAAACCUUUUUUUCAUUGCAAAAACUAUGCAUCAUUUGUGAUUACUAAUAAAGAUGUUUUGUCAUUUGUAA